CCUCUUCUUAACUAGAAUAUUCCUCUUCUUAACUAGAAUAUAGCUUCCGUCUUAACAUUGCGAAACAUUUGGUAAAAUUGUGGCGUGGUUCCAUUUCCAUAGAAUAAAAAGGAUGUAAAUGAGGGUAUAGCGUUUCAAUUUGAUCGUAUAAAUGCAAUGCAAGUGCGCUACAUUCGAAAUCUAAGCACUGGGUGCCGACGUUCAGCCUCCAAAGGUGCCACUUCCAAACCUCAACCUUCAUCUUCUUCUUCUUCAACCUCGUUAUGCCUUUCGGAACUUGAUGAGGAUUUCACGCUCUCAAGCCUCAAGCUUAAACAACCCUCUGAUUCAGGUUAUUCGGCUAACAGGGUGUUUAAGCAUAUUUCUUCUAUUUUCCAUGAUGGUAAGUCAGCCAAGAAACCUGGUUCUGCGGAAAUUGAUGGUGCAAAGGAGUUUGAAAGAGUGCAAAAUCUAUCGUGGUUGUCGAGCAUCUCUCAGAGCAAUAUAUUAUUGCAACGGAAAGAGCAAUCUCAUAAAAAGAAACAAAAAUAUGUGUUUGAAGUCUCUCAAGAAAACCGUUUUCAGAAGUUAGUUCAAGUCUCUGCAAAAAUGCUAGGACCAGAGGCUACCCUUGAAUUGUUUGGUAAACUUGGACGAAAACCAGAUGCGAAAGGAUACAGUGCAUUGGUAAAAAUGUGCAUAGAUAAAGCCAGGGGAACUGAUGAUGAAGGCGUCGCAAUAGAACUGGGGAAGGUUUUUAACCUUUUUAAAUCAAUGAGGGAACAAGGUUUAGAGCUAGAGGAGCAGACAUAUUGCCCACUUCUUUUGUAUAUAAUUGAUAUGUGUAUGGUUGAGGAGUUUCAGUUUUUCUAUGUUAUUAUCAAAGAGGAGAAUCCCAGUUCAGUUGCAAGGCUGGGUUACUAUGAAAUGUUGUUGUGGUUGAGAGUUAAUAACGAAGAAAAGAUUCAGAGUAUUUGUAAUUAUAUUGCAGAGAAUGACAGUGAGGACAUGUCUGAUAUACGAGAGAAUGUUCUGUUGGCUCUUUGUGAAAGUGAACGGACAGAGGAGAUUUUAAAGCUGUUGGAAAUCAUAGACAUAAAAGACAUUUCAUCUGCUGAAUCUGUAGCAAUGGUAUUUCAGGCAUUAGGAAGAUUACUAUUGGAACCUGUGGCAGAGAAGUUCCUUUUUUACUUAAAAAAUAGUGAUCAUGAAGCAAAUAAUGUUACAAACUUCAUUGCUUGCUAUGUUGUUAGCAUUCCAAAUUUAUUGGUUGAGGAUGUCAAAAAAAAGUUCAAAGACUUGCACCAAAGACUAGAAGUUUCACCUUCAUCCUCAUCAUAUGAGAAAAUCAUUUUACAUAGCUGUGCAUUGCACAAGGUGCAUGUAGCACUUGAUAUUGUCAAUGAAAUGUGUGAAGCAGGUUUGACUCUAUCAACUGAGGUAUUACACUCAAUGUUACAAAUUUGUGACGAAACAUCUGAAUAUAAUUUGAAAAACAUCAUUGAUGGGGUGAGGGUCCUUGACCACAUGCCAUGUGCUGAUAUAAAACCGGAUUCAUAGAGCUCAGCUACCUAAUUAGAAACUCUGAACAUGAAGAGGAUAGAGUAAAUGUGAGCUUAAAUCCAUUGAUACCGCAGAACAGCUUGAAUCAAGUCAAGGCUAUUCUUAUCUUAUCUGAGUACUUAGGCCACAUGGGCAAUUGUCUGAGGCUCUUGUUAUUUAUGGGGAAAUCAACCAAGCUGGACGCAAUCUGGAGGCAAAAGAUGUUCAGUCUCAUUGUAAGGUUUUGAAUUCAUCAGUAAUUUAUGUAAUUUUUAACUUGCAAGCCUUCAUAAUCAAGCCAUUGGACAUUCCCUGGAGCACACUCGUUCCGAGGUGAGUUGAUAGGUUGCGUCCUUCUUCUUGAGGAAUUAGGUGAUUCAUACAGACAAUUGAAAAGAUGUUUGCCGCAGGAUCAUCUUUGUAUUCUAUUUCGAAUAAGUAUUUAAGCUCCUGUUCACUUGAAUGGAUCUGAGAGAGAGUGAUUGAAUGGAUUUGAAGAUAAAUUUUUUGUUGUUUAUUUGAGUGGAUUUUGGAGGUACGUGAGAGUGGAUUUGGAAGUAAAGUUUGUGAGAAUUAGUGUAGAAUUUGAUUGAUGUGACAGAUUAAAAAAAUUUACUUCCAAAUUCACUCUCACUUAUCUCCAAAAUUCACUCAAAUAAACAACAAAAAAUUUAUCUUCAAAUCCUCUCAAAUCCAUUCAAUCACUCUCCCCCAAAUCCAUUCAAGUGAACAAGGAAGGAAGGUUCUUUCUUUUCCUUCACUUUAUUGAAUUUCUAAGACUAAAAUGUAUUGGGCAAUUUACUUUAUGUUCAUUGUAUUUUGUGUCAGUUCUGCAGUGAAGUUGUGCAAUCUGGCCAAGGAUAAGUUCCAAAAUGAUGAGCAAGUUAUGGAAGCUCUCUAUUAUAAUGUUGGCUCCGACCUCCUUUUCACUUAAUUUGUACAAUUCAAUGAUACAAGAAACAUAGUUGACUAUGUUGAGUUAUUGUUGUAGUUUGUGCAAGUCUGAAACUCUUUCAAACAGCUAUGUUGUGUUUGGACCUUGAAGUAUUGUAAGUAGGUUGUGGAAAGAUUUUCAGGGUUUUCCACCUUUAUUA